GAGAGAGAAGAGAGAGAGAGAGAGAAUGGAAGAGCAGCUGGUCCCGGGAUUCAGAUUCUACCCAACGGAGGAGGAGCUGGUUGGCUACUACCUACAGCACAAGCUCCUCAAUCCUCUCGAUGAUCGAUUCUCACGCAUCAUACCUGUCGUUAAUAUCUACGAGCAUGAUCCAUGGCAGCUUCCAGAAAUGGCUGGAGUGUUAAACUGCAGGGAGCCAGAUCAGUGGUUCUUCUUCUGCCCGAGGCAGGAGAGGGAAGCACAAGGAGGAAGGCCCAACAGGAUCACCCCCUCUGGAUAUUGGAAGGCCACAGGGAGCCCUGGCUUUGUCUUCGGCAACAACAGGAUGAUUGGCACCAAGAGAACGCUGGUCUUCUACGAGGGCAGGGCCCCUAGUGGCACCAAGACCAAGUGGAAGAUGAACGAGUUCGGUUCUAUCUCUCAAGAACAGGCAACCACUUCAAACGCUCAGCCGGAAAUGGAGGGAAGAAAGCGGCGGUCUAGAUAGGCUUCUGCAAAAGCUGAUCGUACAUGCUUGAAGGGUGGUGCAACCAGCUCCAUGAAUUCAUGCAGUACUUCUACUUACUUCAAGUACCCCAAAGUCUUUUGAUGGUUGGCUGUGUAUUUUGGGUCACAUGGUAGGACCUAUACUUGACUGUUCUUUGUUUCUUGAUUGAGUCUUCCCUAAAGAGGAGAUUCAACGUUGAGUCAGUACAGAAUACUUUCUUCUUCAAUAACAGUAACAAGUUGUUGUUACUGUCCUAGAAAUCUGUUCCAAAAUCUAUAAAUCUAUCUAGAUCUUUGGAGUAGAUUCAUGAGGCAUGAGGCAGUAACAACUUGUCACUGUUACCAAACAUGUUCUUAGAAGCCAUUGGGCAUUAGGAACGAAAUGCAAGUGUCUUAUGGAUAUGAAAUACUUGAACAAAAGUUUCAUGAAUCUACUUCAAUUUUUAA